UGCGCCUCCCCGCCAGACUGCGGUUGGAUUCGCGAAGUUCUCCGCGCGCAGUGAAGCUCUCCUCUUCUCUCGCGCUUGUGGAGCUAUGACCCGCGUGCUGUGAGCUCGAGACAUGGACACCACCGCGCGCCGCAGACUGUCCGCGUGCCUCCUCGUGCUCCAGAUGUUCCAUGGCCAAGCCCAGGAGGACCGUGGAGGGGGCGGGGCCUGCAUACCUGGCUUCCAGGUGAAAAACUACCAGCUGGACUACAGCGGAGCCUUCAGGAAGGACCGGGCCCUGGCCCAACUGGCGUUUGACGACUGCGCGGGGAACGAGGACGUGGCGUUCCUGGUGUCCCACGCGGACUUCGCGGUGGACGAGAACCUGAGGCUGGUAGUCCGGCAGGACGUCCCAUACGGCGGUCCCGUCACCAUGGCGGUCCACGCCGCAGGGUCACGGGCGGAUGACGUUGCCGCGGUGGAGGUCAAAGGUCGACCCCCCCUGUUCACCCCCACCCAGGACGUCCUGCGUCCGCCCCAGGUCCCGGGCUCCAGGGCCAAGAGGUCCCUCCUGGUCCCCCCCAUGAUGGUCACUGAGAACCAGAGGGGCCCCUUCCCAAGGGUCAUCGGCAGGGUGAGCGCCCCGGGGCCGGUCUGGGGCUUGGGACCCAAGGGUCUGUUGCCCCUAGGGUCUGGUCUGUAGCUGGGGACCCAAAGG